GAGGCCAGGCUGCCUGCCCCGGGAGACAGCGCAGGAAGAGGCGCAGCGGAGCUGCCUUGGAGGCAGCGAGGAAGUGGAGACAGCGGGCGCUGGCGUUUCAGCGCGGCCCGGCAACCAGCGCUAAAACGAACACUCAGCUGGGUGGGCCCGGUGUUGCUGGAAGCCGCGGAGACGAGGCGAGCCAAGGGCGAUGUAGCUGCAAUUGCAGCUGCAGCCGAGCUUGGCUGUCCGUGUGGUCGGCUGUAGGGAGGCUCUUGAGGUGGCCCGGUCGGUAGCGCUACCGGGGCGGCCCUGGAAAGAAGCGAGACGCGCAGUGCGCGGGGCGGACGCGGUGCUGCGUUGCUGAGCAACUCCGGCCAGGGGAGGAGGCUUUUCAGCGCGCCGUCCCCGGCGGCGACAGCAGCUCAGCUGCGAUGUAACCCAAGGGAGGCGAGUUGCACGAAGGCCUCCCCUCCAGAAGCGCCGGCCUUCGGCCCUGGGCAAGUGAAUGGCUCCUCUUGGCCCCCAAAGGGUUUGGAUCGUUUGACCCGUCCUCGGGACAGAAACUAACAGAAGUUACAUGGCUCAUAUAUGACAUCAUGCACCACCGGUGGCUGCUGUUAGCUGCAUGCUUUUGGGUAAUAUUCAUGUUCAUGGUUGCUAGCAAGUUCAUCACAUUGACCUUCAAAGAUCCUGAGGUGCACAGUGCCAAGCAAGAGUCGUUAAUACUGACAGCUGUAACUGAAGUAGGAAACGGUCCCGUAACAAAAGAGAAGAGGCUGCCUGGACAGUUUCAGACAAUAGGAAAAGGUCUAUCUGAAGACCUUGUACAUGAAGGCCUGGUCCAUAUGGAGAGGCUUGAUCUACUCAGGAAUGUCUGCCAAGAUGCAUCUCUGAAAAACCUCACCCAUACUACUGUUUCUAAGUUUGUUUUGGACCGAAUUUUUGUGUGUGACAAGCACAAGAUCCUCUUCUGUCAAACUCCAAAAGUUGGCAACACUCAGUGGAAGAAAGUCUUGAUUGUUUUAAAUGGAGCUUUUCCUUCCAUAGAGGAGAUCCCCGAAAACAUUGUGCAUGACCAUGAGAAGAAUGGUCUUCCACGCUUAUCUUCCUUCAGUGAUUCUGAAAUUAAAAAAAGACUGAAACGGUACUUCAAGUUCUUUAUUGUAAGAGACCCUUUUGAGAGGCUUAUUUCUGCAUUUAAGGAUAAAUUUGUCCACAAUCCUAGAUUUGAACCUUGGUAUAGACAUGAGAUUGCUCCUGGAAUUAUUCGGAAAUACAGAAAGAAUCGCACUGAGACUAAAGGGCUGCAGUUUGAGGACUUUGUGCGCUACUUGGGUGAUCCAAAUCAUCGAUGGCUAGAUAUACAAUUUGGAGAUCAUAUAAUUCAUUGGGUAACCUAUGUUGAACUCUGUGCCCCCUGUGAAAUAACAUAUAGUGUAAUUGGACAUCAUGAAACUUUGGAGGAAGACGCACCGUACAUCUUAAAGGAAGCAGGAAUAGACCAUCUGGUGUCUUAUCCUACAAUCCCUCCAGGCAUAACAAUAUAUAACAAAACUAAGGUGGAGCACUAUUUUUCAGGAAUAAGCAAGAGAGACAUAAGGCGCCUUUAUGCCCGCUUUGAAGGAGAUUUUAAUCUUUUUGGCUAUCAAGAACCAGAUUUUCUACUAAACUAAUAUCUAGAAAUUCUGGACAAAUAUAUCUAGCUGAUUAAAACUUAACUAUAAACAUAUACUACGUAACUGAGGCUCAUAUUGUUGUACCUUUUCUAGAUUUUUCUGAUCGUUCCUUCUAUUUGUUGAACAUUUUCAAUAGGAGCCACAAAGGACUGCCAAUUACCCACUAAAAAAAGUAUUACUACUUGACAUUGCAAUAUGCUACAGGCAAAAAUUACUAAGAAAAUGUCAGACAUUCCUCUUUCCUUAGCCAAUAGAGAAUGAAUGGACCAGUAAUCUGUAAAAAAAAAAACUUGUUAUGAAUACAAAACAAAACAUUUAGAAAAUGGCGGGAAAUAUUGUUUAUGUAAAUGGCCUAAGGACAUGGAUAUGAAACUUACAAAUCUAUGGAGGCCAAAAAAAUUGGUAAGUAUUACAUAAUUAAAAGACUCCAGAUCCUACUGUGGAAUCAAUCUGAAAGUCUUUAUUCUUUUGCUGUAGUUUUGUGAUGAUUGCUUACUGCUCUUCAUUCAGGAGAUAACAGUUGCGUGGAUUUUAACUUAUAACCUCUUGAGUUAUGAGAUCAGAAAUCUUUUGCAAGAGAAGUUAUUGAACCCAUUGAAGAAAUUUUAGAGAACAUUAAAAUGAUUCUUCAUUUGCUGAAUAAAUAUA